ACCAACCAUAAACAUUUCAACAAUGAAAAUUGUUGGUAAAAAAGUAAAAGUCUAUUUACAUAGAAUGCAUAAUAGAAUAUGGAUUCCAAAGCUUUAAACUUCUAAAUGUUUAAGUGCAUGGGGCUGUUCAAAUAGUACAACAAAGAAUUUUUUUCGCCACAAUCAGCAGCAAAGCAACAAUAAUAAAUAUCCCAUCGACAAACAACAAUACGUAAAAGAAAACAUCAGACAACAAACCGUAACUGCAAUGUUUGCACAAACUGAAUCGCAGAAGAGUAGUUUUUUAGAGCAGACCAAGGCCGCCAGGGAGGAACGAGCCUUGAUUCAGCGUCGAGAACAGGCAGCUAUCCUGCUGCAGUCCACACUUAGAGCAUAUACAGCUCGCAGGAAAUACCAAAAGAGAAUCAUACAAGAUUUUGAUGCCUUGUUUGUAGGCAGCGGGGAUCAGGAUGGAGCCGAUUUGGAGCUUUUGGCCGUAAAUGUCUAUCCAGUGCUACGUCGUUAUCUAACCCAAAUCAAAUUGGUCAAGGGCGAUGAGAAGUUUCGUGAGCGUCUGGAGGCUAUAUGUCGCUACGUUAAUAAAGCAAUGGAAUCGGAAAGUCCCAAGCUAUCGUAUGCCGUUCUGUGUUUGCAUAAAGAGCGCAGUUUGCCAUGGAUCGGGCAUAUAAAGUUAUUGCUAGGUCACUGCCUGCAGCUAGUGCCAGAGUUGAAGCCAGAGAAUCAUACCGACAGCAUCACACUUGCCCUCUUCUUGCACACACUGAUUGUGUUCACAGCACCAAAAUCCUGGGCUAUACUAAGGAACCCGCAAUUCGAGCGAUUGCAACCGGCCAUGCAGAAGAUUUGCUGCAACAUACAGGGACACCUAGUGCAACAUGAAUUCUACAAGACCAUGAGGCUCAUUCUUCUCAAGGGCACUGCCCGGGAGGAAUUGUCCGUGAAACCGGUGACCCUGGUGGCCAUUAUAACACUAUGUCUGCGUCCCCUGAUCGAUGGCGAUUUCAGUCGCAAUCUUUUAUCACAAUUUCUUUCAGAAAUUUUAUCGGUGCCGGCACUAAUAUACCAUUUGCAUCAGAGUGUUCCCCAAUGCCUGGAGCAGUUCACCAGUCUAGGUCUGCUUAAAAGGGCCCUGGACAUCUCGCAGAAUCCUCAGUGGUUCGAUGAGUUUGGUGCCAGCAUGCCAGGCACUAAAUCUCUGGCAUUCUUGGGCAAUAUUGUUAAUUUAUUUAAUAUUGAUAAUCAAACGGAAUCCAAGAUGCUAGCCUAUCCUUUAUUGACUGAAACGGCCACCGCACUGUUGGAAUUAAUACCCAACACGGUGGCCACCAAAGGAGUUUUCACACAAUGGCACGAGCUUCUGGGUUGGCAUACGCCAGGCACGGAGCCAGCACAAAACCAGAACGUGGCAUUAAUUAAAAAACAAUUCCAUAUGUUAUGGGAUAGUCGCUGCAUCAAGCUUCUCUUGGGCGAUCUUCUCAAGGAUAUUAAUUUAAAUUACGAACGCAUUGAGUUCCAGUCGCCGCAGCAGCCAUCCACGUCGAAUUUAUUGCGUCGGGCAAUCGAACGUAGCUCAGCGCGUGGUGUAAACAUGUCAUCCAGGCCAAGCAAGCAGCAAUGGCGCAAACUGGACAAUCCCGAGGUGUUGCAAGUGGCACGCAUUUGUGGCAUGUAUUAUGCAGCCCUCAACACAUUGUCGCAAAUGAAACUAAACAUUCUCACGGGAAUUUGCUAUAAUGAUAAUGUUUUAUAUGAUAUUUGGCUGCUGUUGACCUCACUCGGUCCCAAUUGUGGCAUGAAGGAAUAUCUGGAGCUGCUCAAGUGUGAGGUGGGUCUGCAGAAACCACAAACAGCCAUGCUAAUGCUUUUCUGUGACUGCAUGACUCACUACGUGACAAUUCUGGAUGAAUAUGAAAUGUAUACAGAGCAGAAUCCAUUUCGUCUCAACGAUUAUGUCAUGUUAACCUAUUUUCUUAACAACAUACUAUUUAAGCUAAUCAAUGACAAUAUUCUGGUUGUAGGUGGUAAGAAUAUUGUACAGAAUCCAGUAUUUGUAUCCCUGCACACUCUUCUCCUGUGUCUCUAUCGUCGGGAUUGUCGUCGACCAUUUACCCCACCAAAUCACUGGCUUAUACCAGAAGUCAAGCCCUCAACAUUUAUUAACGAUCUGGAGAAGGCCAAACGAAACGCCAUGCUGCUGUUGGCUAAAAUGCCGCACAUUAUUCCGCAUGAGGAUCGUGUGAAAUUAUUUCGCAAAUUUGUACAAAACGAGAAGGCUGUAAUGGGUCUAACUGAGAGCGCUUGUGCCUCACCACGAUCUGCUCUGAUAGUGAUACACCGUGACCGUAUUGUGGAGGAUGGUUAUCGUCAGUUGGCCGCACAGCCCACCCAGGCCCUCAAGGGAGUCAUCCGGGUGCGAUUCAUCAAUCAACAGGGAUUGCAUGAGGCGGGCAUUGAUCAGGAUGGCGUUUUUAAGGAGUUUCUCGAAGAGACAAUUAAGAAAGUAUUUGAUCCGUCGUUGAAUUUAUUUAAAACCACAUCGGAUCAACGUUUGUAUCCAUCGCCUAUUUCCUAUGUCCAGGACAAUCAUCUGCAGCUCUUUGAGUUUGUGGGUCGCAUGCUCGGCAAAGCCGUCUACGAGGGCAUUGUGGUCGACGUACCGUUUGCCUCAUUCUUUCUCUCACAGCUCUUGGGACAGACCCAACAGGCAGUGUAUUCCUGUAUGGAUGAGUUGCCUUCUCUGGAUAAUGAACUAUAUCGCAGUCUGACCUUUAUUAAGCACUAUAAGCAGGAUGUGGCCGAUUUGAAUUUGACCUUUUCAGUGGAUCAAGAUGUGAUGGGAAAAAUAGUCACACAUGAAUUGCAUCCGGGUGGCAAGGCGCGGGUGGUUAACGAUCACAAUAAACUGGUCUAUAUCCAUUAUAUGGCCUAUUUCCAUAUGAACACCCAGAUACGUGAACAGACACAGGCCUUUAAUCGAGGCUUUCGCAGCAUUGUGAAUCCCGAAUGGCUAUCGUUAUUCUCCCCUCCAGAAUUGCAGCGCCUGAUAUCAGGUGACACGGUGCCAUUGGAUUUGCGAGAUUUGCGCAAGCAUACCCAGUAUUAUGGGGGCUUCCAUGAUUCGCAUCGUGUCGUGGGCUGGCUCUGGGACAUAUUAGCCAAGGAUUUCACUGAAGACGAACGUAAACUAUUCUUAAAGUUUGUCACCAGUUGUUCAAAGCCUCCGCUUCUGGGCUUUGCCCAUUUAGAGCCACCGUUCUCAAUACGCUGUGUCGAGGUGGGUGAUGAUGAGGAUACUGGUGACACUAUUGGCAGUGUUAUACGAGGUUUCUUCACCAUACGCAAAAAGGAUCCACUUAAUCGUCUGCCCACCUCAUCCACUUGUUUCAAUUUGCUUAAGCUGCCCAACUAUCAAAAGAAGUCCACACUGAGGGAUAAACUCCGCUAUGCUGUGAGCAGUAAUACAGGAUUUGAGCUAUCCUAAAUGAGGCGCUAUCUAUCCAAACACUUUGUGGGGGAAGGGCUAUCACAUAUCAUGUGUAUUUUGAGAUUAUUUUACAAGUUAUUCUGUUCGUUAUGUUUCCACACAUAAUGAAAAGAGAAGGAAACAAAUCCGUUUUAGCCAACCUUCCAUACAUAAUUAUAAAUAUAAAUUUAAAUAUAAACGUAUAGCUGUGAUAAAAAUAAAUGAAAUUAAAUAACUAAACAAAGAGUACACAAAAAUACCAAGCUGAAUUACAACUACAUAAUGAUUAAAUUAAAUAUGUAUUAGCAAAGAAUAUUGUGUAUGCGAAUAAGCGGUUUGGAAUUAAUAUUUAACCCACAUAUGUAUAUAAGCUAAAAGUUAUAAAUG